CUGGCUCCGUGAGGCUUUAUACCUUCAUUUCCUUUCUGCAACAACUCCAUCAUGGUUUUCACGCCACCAUCAUGGGUUCCGGCACUGCCAAUCGAUCCGCCGGAUUCUAUUUCUGUCGCUGAAUUCAUGAGUACGGAAACGUAUGGCCGUUUUCCCAUCGCCAAAUCACGAAACCCAUACACUUGCGGCCUCACCGGUAAAUCACGCAAUGCCGCCGAUGUCAUCUUGCGCGAGGACUACCUUGCCCGCGGCAUCGGUAAAGCCCUCCAAUUCCACCCGCAGCAGACCUCAGAAUGGGAUCAAGUCGUCGCCGUCUUCUCUCUCAAUUCGAUAGAUUACAUCCCUCUCACUCACUCCAUCCAUCGUCUCAAUGGGGUAGUCAGUCUGUCUAGCGCUGCAUUGUCGGCCUCGGAGCUUGAGCAACAACUUCGAUCCUCCCGCGCAAAGGCACUUUUCACUUGCAUAUCCUUGUUGGAUACCGGCCUCAAGGCUGCUAGCGCCGCCGGUAUUCCUCAGGAUCAUAUCUUCAUCCUCCCAAUGGCAGACACAGAUGCUGAAGCACCAUUUCAGACAAUCGAAGAUUUGAUUGAUGAUGGCACCAAACUUCCAGAGUUGCCACCCCUGAACUGGACCCAAGGUCAAGGUGCUCGCCAGGCCGCUUAUCUGCUCUAUUCAAGUGGCACUUCCGGUUUACCUAAACCAGUCAUGAUCUCCCACUACAACAUCAUCGCAGGCAUCCUCCAAACGGCCACUUUUGACUCAGUCGCUCGCAAAGCCCAACAUGUUGAAACCCAGGUCAUGCUUGGGCUUUUGCCAUUCAGCCACGUAUUCGGGCUCAUGCUGAUCACUCACCUGGGCGCGUUUCGCGGAGAUGAAAUCAUCGUGCUACCACAUUACGACUUCGUGUCGUUCCUCGGCGCCGUUAGCCGGUUCAAAAUCCAACAACUCAGUAUCGUCCCUCCUAUUGUGAUCCACAUAUUGGAGAGACAGGACGUGUGUCAAAAGUACAAUCUGGGUAGUGUUCGGUUCGUGUACACCGGCGCAGCUCCGUUGGGACGAGAAACGGUUGACGACCUGCUGAGAAUCUAUCCAAAAUGGCACCUUGGUCAGGGAUACGGUAUGACAGAAACUGCGACCGUCUUCAUUCAAAGCAGCGAGCUUGAUACCCUCGUUGGUUCCACGGGCUCCUUAAUUCCAGCGGCCCGAGCCAAGAUCAUUAAUGUGGACGGAAAAGAAAUAACCGAUUACGAAACCCCUGGGGAAUUAUUAAUUCAGAGCCCUACCGUUAGCCUGGGGUAUUUCAACAACCCAGCAGCAACCUCAGAGACGUUCUUUUCAGACAAAGACGGCCGUUGGAUCCGUACGGGAGAUGAAGUGUUGGUGCGCAUGGCUCCGUCUGGAAACGAACACUUUGUCGUCGUUGAUCGAGUGAAGGAGCUUAUUAAAGUCAAAGGUCAUCAGGUCGCCCCUGCUGAACUAGAGGCACAUCUACUCACACACUCUGAUAUUGGCGACUGCGCAGUCAUCCAGGUUCCAGACGUACGCGCAGGAGAGGUCCCCAAGGCUUAUGUUGUCAAGUCGAGUAUCGCUUUAGGCAAAUCAGAGGAUACGGUGAUUAGUGAUAUACAGAGGCACGUGGAAGAUCACAAGGCAAGGUACAAAUGGCUGAAAGGAGGAAUCGAGUUUAUCGAUGCGAUACCCAAAAGCCCAACGGGAAAGAUCUUGAGAAGAAAGUUGCGAGACUUGGAAAAGGCAAAGAGAAAGGCUCAGGAGGCGAAGCUAUGAACAGGUGGGUUUGAAGUUUCAUGUAUGCAUGACCUAUACUUAGAGGUAUAGUUCCUUCAAUUACCGUAGAACACGCUUUGUCAAUUUCAAGAAUGAGGGAAGUGAAUCUUGGCUGUAAAGCUCUGUAUUCACAUGCUA